GCGGGAUCCCUCCGCUCUGGGGAGAGCAGCGCUGGACGGUUGAGUUGGGGUGACUGAGGAAAUCCAUCCGCGUCGCCGCCGCUGCCGCCUCCGCCGCGGAGGAAGACAGGACCUCCCGCGCUGCUCUAGCGACCCUUCGCAGAGUCCCACCGCCACAGGCCUCGGGCCAGCGGCGAGGAGCUGUCUCCCCCAGCCCCCGUCCCGCGGCCCCCAGCCGCCCCCAACCCCGCCCCACGGGCCCGGCGCCAUGAGUGAGCUGGAGCAACUGAGACAGGAGGCUGAGCAGCUCCGGAACCAGAUCCGGGAUGCCCGAAAAGCAUGUGGGGAUUCAACACUGACCCAGAUCACAGCUGGGCUGGACCCAGUGGGGAGAAUUCAGAUGAGGACACGGAGGACCCUCCGCGGGCACCUGGCAAAAAUCUAUGCCAUGCACUGGGGGACAGAUUCAAGGCUGCUGGUCAGCGCCUCCCAGGACGGGAAGCUCAUCAUCUGGGACAGCUAUACCACCAACAAGGUCCAUGCCAUCCCUCUGCGCUCCUCCUGGGUCAUGACCUGUGCCUACGCGCCCUCAGGGAACUUUGUGGCCUGUGGGGGGUUGGACAACAUCUGCUCCAUCUACAGCCUCAAGACCCGUGAGGGCAAUGUCAGGGUCAGCCGGGAGCUGCCUGGCCACACUGGGUACCUGUCGUGCUGCCGCUUCCUGGAUGACAACCAAAUCAUCACCAGCUCUGGGGACACGACCUGUGCCCUUUGGGACAUUGAGACAGGACAGCAGACGGUGGGUUUUGCCGGACACAGUGGAGAUGUGAUGUCCCUGUCGCUGGCCCCUGAUGGCCGCACCUUUGUGUCAGGUGCCUGUGACGCCUCCAUCAAGCUGUGGGAUGUUCGGGAUUCUAUGUGCCGACAGACCUUCAUUGGCCACGAAUCAGACAUCAAUGCCGUGGCUUUCUUCCCCAAUGGCUAUGCCUUCACCACGGGCUCUGAUGAUGCCACGUGCCGCCUCUUUGACCUGCGGGCCGACCAGGAGCUCCUCAUGUACUCCCACGACAACAUCAUCUGCGGCAUCACCUCUGUUGCCUUCUCCCGCAGCGGCCGGCUGCUGCUCGCUGGCUACGACGACUUCAACUGCAACAUCUGGGACGCCAUGAAGGGUGAUCGUGCAGGUGUCCUUGCUGGCCACGACAACCGCGUGAGCUGCCUUGGGGUCACUGAUGAUGGCAUGGCUGUGGCCACAGGCUCCUGGGACUCCUUCCUCAAGAUCUGGAACUAACAGCUGCCACCCCACUGAGCCCAGGCCAGGAGGGGCCCUGCCCAUGCCCACACUACAGACCGGGAGCUUUGGGGCUGGGUGCACACCAAGCCCCCCUCCCCGGGCCACCGGGCCUUGGGUCCCUGCUCCCCUACCCAGGUUUGGUUCCUCCCGGGGGCCCCCACUGCGGAGAUGAAGAUGGGAUAGAAUGGGGGGAGAGGAGGGGCAGAAAGCCCUCAUCCUUUUGCUGCCCUGGGGUUGGGGCCUCAUCCCUCUGGAGGGCCAGAGGCAGGAGGUAGAAACUCCAGGGGCUGGCUUUUUUAAAACUGGUUUUAUUUUAAUUUUUAUUAUAUUUUCAGUUUUUCCAUAAAGGAACCAAUUCCAACUCUGUA